AUGUCCGAUAAACGCCCCAAUCUGUUGGAUCUGCGAUCAACCUCGCACACUUCCGCUUUCUCCAGCGCCUCCAGACCCCUUCGCUCCCCCCGCUUGCACAUUGCUGGCGAGGCGCCCCCAGAGCUCUCGCCCCUCGACGCCUUUGCCCUCCAGAGUCGCAUCCUCGCCAAGCAGCUUCAAAAUGGCGACAAAGAUGGCAACAGGGUCAGCCGCCUCCCGCCCCUAACUCUCGAGAGCCCGCUAGUUGUCCAGGGCCGAUCUGAAUACUUUCGGUCCAUGGCUUACGACCCCCCAGCCGAUGCCGCUCACUCGCCUGAUGAUACCAACGAUUCCCUCGGCUUCAAGACUGAGUUUGAGGAUGCCUUUGAAGAGGCUCAACGUCCCGUUUCCAUGCAUCCGCGUAUGAGCCGCAUCCAACCCAAUCUCGAUGACGCCCCUCCCAUGCCGGGGGCUUUCCCCGAGAAGCCCCGGGGCCGCCAACACCUCAAUGUCGACGACAACGACGGCUUUUUCGGAGCCCGUACUCGCUCUCCAUCGCCCAUCCAGAGCGAUACUCAGUCGCAAUUUGAGAGACGCUCAGAAAAGUCCCCCGUUCGAAAUAUUCCUGGCGCAUUCCCCUCUACCCAGUUCGCAAUUUCUCCCGAGAGACCCCGCCCUUCGUUUGAAGACACUGGCCUCGUCCCCCCCCGGCCCCCUUUUCUAAGCAAGCGAUCUUCAAGUAUCAAGUCAUCGCCACCAGCCUCGAUAGACGAGGAUAACGCAAGCACUCCCGCCAGUUCAUUCCAUUCUACCACAGCUCGCAAGCUGUCUUCUGCAAGCAGCGCCUUUGCCGCUCCUGGCGCUCUCCCCAAUAGCUUCCAGAGAUCUCCUUCCGUGGCCUCUGACUGCUCAGGCCUUCCUCGUCCUUCGUUCAACUUUUCUCGCCCGCUUAGUCGCUCCGGCACCCCCUCCUUUGACUUUCCUUCUAGACAGGCCUCUUCGGACAGCCAGCCUUCUUUCUUCCUCGCCGAUGAUGCGCAUACCCCAGUCAGCGUGCAUAGCGAAGCAUUCCUAGAUCAACAAACAGACGACAACAAAGGCACUGGCCAGUCAUACAUUUACUCCAAGUUCACUCUUCCACGAGGCAAGGCUGUCCAGAGAUCAGAGCCUCCGGAGACAUAUCCUCUGACUCCCUCAACUUCCCAUCCACGCAAACUAUCAUGCGCGCCGCCUUCCCCACCAACCCGCCCUUCUAGCUCGUCGGCGAGAUUCAUGGGAGACGAUGCCUCCAGCUUCAUCGCCCGUCCAUCUUUUGAUGCGGGAAAGGCGAGCUUGGACAUUGCUAGGACAGGCUCAGCAGGUUACCCAUCGCCAAAUUCCAGUCGCCCGUCAAUCGAGGUUGCGGCGCGCUCAGAGGAUGCUGGCCGUGGUCGAACUUUGCAAUUCAGUCUGAACGACGCGCGUGGAAGAAUGCCAACAUCUACUUAUACCUCAGAUAGUGCCGGAACAGUUCGACCGCCUCCCACAGCGACGUCCUUCUCAUCCUCUUUGCCAGAACUAACAGCCGAAGACCAUCUUGAAAAGGGCAUCCAACUUCACGAGAAUGGUUCUCUCAAAGAAUCCACCUAUCAUCUGCGACUUGCCGCCAAACAAAGCAAUCCUACCGCUAUGUUGCUUUAUGCACUUGCUUGCCGUCAUGGCUGGGGAAUGCGCCCUAGUCAGAGAGAGGGUGUGGAGUGGCUUCGCAAGGCUGCCGAACAUGCUAGUGUCGAGGUUGCCGACGACCAAGACCAAGUUAAGGAGGGAAAGCAUGUAAAUGUUCUUGAACGGCGAGCGCGUAAGGCGCAGUUUGCCCUCAGCAUCUAUGAGCUUGGAGUUAGCCACAUGAACGGAUGGGGCAUUGAGCAAGAUAAGACUCUUGCUCUCCGAUGUUUCGAAAUCGCAGGCAACUGGGGUGAUGUUGAUGCGCUUGCCGAGGCCGGCUUCUGCUAUGCCCAAGGUGUCGGCUGCAAGAAGAAUCUCAAGAAGAGUGCCAAAUUCUACAAACUUGCCGAAGCCAAGGGCAUGAGCAUGGUUGGCAAUAGCUGGAUUCACAAGGCCAAGUACAAUGAUGAUACUGCCGACGUCACUCCUUCCAAGGACCCCAAAAAGGCUCGCAGCAGAUCACGGGCACGAACUAUGUUUGGCCGGAAGCGCUCAGUCGAUUAA